AUGUUGUAUUCCACGUGCAUUACAAAAUUUGUCACGUAUGUGCAACAACUUGUUUUGAACCUAAUUUUCAGCACGGUAAAUUAUUCGAAAUUUUCUGAAAAUUUGCAGGAUGAUCUAAAUAACUACAAUAUACACAAUAAUAAAAAAAUCACGCCUAGUCGGAAAUACACAAAUUAUUACUAUAUCUAUCUAUCUAUGUAGAAAUGUUAUUUUAAUUUUUUUUCUUCACAUACAUAUGAGAAGAGAGUUAAACAAAGCUGUUUGGAAGUAAGUGGGGGUAAAAUAAUAUAAUAUCAAAGAGAGAGUUAAACAAAGGCCAACUUAUUUAUAACUCCUCAUAUAUAAAUUGAGUAAUAAAACAGUAACAAAUGUAGUUUGCCAAAAAGGGGAAAAUUCCAAAAGAAUUUAAAAACCCUAGACUGUCCCCAGCUAUUUAUAACACCCAUGAGGUCCUCAAGACUUGAAAGGAUCAGCUCUGCCUCUCUCUCUUCAUCUCUGCAUAUUUGUGUACUUUAUCCUUAACAAGAAAGAAGAAGAAGAAGAAAAAAAACCAUGAUUCUUCUAACCUUCCACUACCACCUUCUCUAUUCCAAAUUCUAACAAAAAAAAAAAAGACUAAGUGAGAUGAGGCAAGGUCGAUCUUCAAAUAAGGUAGAUGAGAUUAAAGGAAUGGUGGAAAUUGAUCAUCAUCAUCAUCAUCUUCAUCAUCAUCAUAAACUCAAUAAGCAGCAGCUGAGAGAAGAGCCUCAUCUCUCUGGUGCCUAUAUUCGUAGCUUAGUGAAACAACUCACCUCAUCAUCAUCAUCAUCAUCAUCUUCUUCUUCUUCUUCUUUCAAAACCAACAAAGACUCGAUGAAUCAUCCCAACAAAGAAGGCCCAGAUUGUGAUGAUGUUGAUGUUGGUGAUGGUGAUGUUUUCACAGCCCAGAACCCAAACCAAAACCAACGUAAUAAUACUACAACAAACCAAACACAACAGCCUCACAAAAAACAAGUUAGGAGAAGACUCCACACCACUAGACCUUACCAAGAGAGGCUUCUAAACAUGGCCGAGGCCAGAAGAGAGAUUGUCACUGCUCUUAAGUUUCAUAGAGCGGCCAUGAAACAAGCAGCCACUGAGCAACAACAGAAGCAGCAGCAGCCGCAGACACCGCCACCGCCGGUUCAACAGCCGCCUCAGCAGGCUCCGGUGAUCCCAUGUUUUGAACAAGAAGAAGGACACAAUAAGAUUAAAUCCAGAAGAUCGAACAACCAUAGGGAACCUUUCUCCAAAUAUCUAGAAAACACUCUUUCCUAUCCUUACUCUCAUCCUCCAAAUCCAUAUUCUUGGCCGGCGACGACGGCGGCGGCUGUUUCUUCCUCAAUUCAUCAACCCUUCACUGAAACUCUCAACUUCAUUCUUCCAAACCAACCCUUGGGACUGAACCUCAAUUUCCAUGAUUUCAACAACAUUGACACCAGUCUUUACCACAGCAGCAGCAGCAGCAACAAACCCUCCUCCUUCUACUCCGCCUCGUCGUCAUCGCCGCCGUCGUCUUCAUCCUCACCUUCAUUCUCAAUUGCCCACGAUCACUACGAAUUCUCAAGCUCCGCCGCCGCAGCAGAACGGCCGGGAAGUACUCAUAAGAAUAAUCUCAUACCGGUUUCCCUUACUCCGGCUGAUUUGGCAACCACAAGCGGCGGCGGAGGAGGGUUGCAUGCAGCCAUGGAUGAUGAGGAGAUGGCUGAGAUCAGAUCGAUUGGAGAGCAGCAUCAGAUGGAGUGGAGUGACACCAUGAAUUUGGUCACAUCAGCUUGGUGGUUUAAGUUCUUGAGGAGCAUGGAGCUCGGUGGUGGCCCCAAUGUCGAAACUUCAGAUGAUUUUGAUGAUAACGUUAAUGGGUUUCGUCCAUUUGGUGAGGUUAUGGAGUUUCCGGCUUGGUUGAGCUCGAACGAAACCUGCUUUGAUCAACAACGUUUCGAUGACCAUUACUGCUCAGAUGAGUAUUCUCAAGCUCCGGCUUUGCCUUGCAUGGAUAUUGAAGAAAUUGAAGGCAUGGAUGGAGAUUGGUUAAGUUAAGCCUUAAUCAGAACAAUUGAUAUGAUUCUUUUUAUCUUUUUUUUUUUUUUUUUUUUUUUUGUGGGGUGUUAGAUCCAAUAUUUGGGUAGUUUUGGGAAAAGAAAAAUAAAAAACUUUUUGCCUUUUAUUUUGAGUUGAGACUACAAUAAGGGCUUGCUAAGAUUGAUGUCAAAGAAGGCAGGCCAUAGGAAAAAAAAGAAAGAAAAAUAAUGUUUGAAAGGAAGGAGUGUGUUUUUUUUUUCUUUCUCCUUUAUUCUCAACUUCAUAUGUUGAAAUAUUUUCAAAUAUAUGAUAAUGUCAUGGUUGGUUAGGGA